CACACGCACUGAACACCAACUUAACAUCAGAGUCGGACACUGUCUCGCGCGUUGUUUCGUCUCUCUCUCCCUCUCUCGUUUUCACUUGGAUCCCUUCCUCUCUCCGUCGCUUUCUCGCCGACCGCAACGGAAUGAGUGCCGGCUACCUUCUCAGCGUCGAGCCUCAGGAGCUCCAAUUUCCAUUUGAAUUGAGGAAGCAGAUCUCUUGUUCCCUACAGCUGUUAAAUAAGAGCGACAAUUAUGUGGCUUUCAAGGUUAAGACGACGAAUCCAAAAAAGUACUGUGUUAGGCCUAAUACUGGGGUUGUGUCGCCAAGGUCCACUUGUGAUGUUAUAGUUACAAUGCAAGCACAAAAGGAGGCGCCUCCUGAUAUGCAAUGCAAGGACAAGUUUUUACUUCAGAGUGUAGUUGCAAGUCCUGGAGCUACCGCAAAGGAUGUCAAUGCAGAGAUGUUCAAUAAAGAGGCAGGACAUCAUGUUGAAGAGUGCAAAUUGAUGGUUGUUUAUGUUGCUCCUCCUAGACCUCCAUCACCGGUUCGAGAAGGAUCGGAGGAAGGUUCUUCACCCAGAGCUUCUGUGUCUGACGAUGGGAGUCUGAGCACCUCUGAACGAACAGUUGUUUCAAGAACUCAUGUUGAGAGACACGAGCCUCAAGAUAACUCAUCUGAGGCAAGGACUCUUAUUUCAAAGCUGACUGAGGAGAAAAAUUCUGCUAUUCAGCAAAACAAGAAGCUUCGAGAAGAACUGGAGCUGUUGAUGCAUCAAUCCAGAAGUCGCGGUGGUAUCCCAUAUAUAUACGUUAUUGUUGUUGGUUUGAUUGGCAUCAUAUUGGGAUACCUCAUGAAAGGGACAUGACCGGUCAAGUUGCCUGUCAAUGAUUGCCUGACAUCCUUGCUGAAAAAUUGGAAUGUGGAAUGUUAACUUAUGGGUCUGUAUUGACCUUAGAGAAACAUGUCAAAUGUUAUGACUGGUAAGAUGAAAUUGUUGUUCACUAUUUUAAUGUAGGUUCUGUGAUUUGCAAAACUUAUUGGUGAGUAUUUUUCCCUCAA